AUGGAGAGAAAAAGAAUUAAGCAAAAAUAUUGCGGGCUGAUUUUUUGUGUUGGUAUUGAGAUGACGGUGAUGAUGGGUCUCAGCGUCGGCCUCCGGUUUGCGAUCGGCGCCGUGGUCUUGAUUCUGCUCUUCGUCGUCGUCGGAUUCUUCCAGUUCUGCCGCAGAGCAAGGGACGACCGCGAGGCGACGGCGCCGAUGGAGGGGGCGGAUGCGGCAGGCGGCGUCGACGAGGCGACGCUGACGAGCUUCCCGAAGGUGGCGUACUCGGAGGCAGCGGGGCCGGAAACCGAGACGUGCUGCGCGAUAUGCUUGGCGGAGUACGAGGCCGCCGACGUGCUGCGGAGGCUGCCGGCGUGCGGCCACCUCUUCCACGUCGAGUGCGUCGACCCCUGGCUGAGGUCGCACGGCUCCUGCCCCUUCUGCCGCGCGCUCCUCGUCGGCAGUGAGUGCCGGAACGCCGUCGGAGCCAACACCGGAAGGCGCCGUGGCAAUUGGGCGUAUGUGAACACAGGCGCAGUAGCGCCACUACCAGUGGUUCAGUAA